CAGCCCCGCUGGAAAGUCUUGAAACGCCGCUGACCGGUGCCUCGUCUGUUACGAGGCCGUUAAUGAGUGACCACUCGGGCUUGUCGUCGAAGUUCUCGUGGGAGAGUAUUCUAUGUUUCAAUACAAGCGAGAAAACCUGCCCUCGUUCGACGUCUUCGAGAGAAGGAGUCUUCCCUUACCGCACUGAGCAGCACACCUGUAUCAGCGAAUGUCCCUGAAGGGAACCUAAAACUGGGCCGUCAUGCCAACGGCGUCAAGCAAGAACGUAUCCAAAAGUCCCGAUGCGAGAAGCCAUGAAGCUGUCAUCGAACAGUCCAACUUCCAACGACUCUGGAGUCGUUUUCUCGAGAGGAAGAAAAAUUCGCCAAAACGACAAGGCUUCACCUACCAGCAACCUCAGAAGACGGGAGCGACGCAAAACGGUUCAGUUCCCGCCUGCUCUUGUAAACCUUCUCAGUCGAGGACCCAAUCGCCGAGGCUGAGCGCCACACCGUCGGCCAGUCCUCAAUUGCGACGUACCGACCGGCUCGCAUCCACCGCGUCCAUGAAGUCACUGGGCACGACUCCCGACACCUCACCCAGGACUCUUCGAAAGAACACGCCUUCGUACAGUCGGACGAUCACGAAGACACUACCGCAACUUCCCCACUCGGGGCGGUGCCGGAGCUUCGGCGUGGGCCCCUUCACCACGGUGUACCGCAACCGCUUCGGCACUUUCACCCGCGUCACCAGCAGUCCACCAACGCGGCCGAGACUGUCGGUGUCCAGCAGCCCCGUGCUGCUUCGAACUGCUGGCACCAGGGGCACCUUCACGAGAGGACGACCGAGUGCACGGAGCCCGCCGAAUCCGAUGAGGUUGUACCACAUCGCCUGCGCCACGGCGAGCUCGGCAGCCAAGCAGCGGCCGCCGGUCAGGCCUCGUCUGCCACCACCUCCAGUGCCUCCCCGGCCCCCGCCACCUCCUCCGCCCAGACCGAGACCGACCUUCGCCAGUCCGACACAGAGCUCCGUGGCCAAACAGGUCGCGCCGGCCAACAAAUACGCCUCGCAUUCGGCAGCGUCCACCAGGUCUGGAAGCCCCGUGCAGCAGACGUACGGCUCCUCCGGUAGGCUGACGUCCACGAACCGUCAGUCUUGUAGAGCCAGCAGUCUGUCUCUGACGUCUCUGUCGACGAAAGCGAGGCACUUGCCCCGAAGCCCCGCACCUUCACCAACUCCGGUCAAGCGGAGCGAGACGUUCACGAGGAAGAGCGCGGGUUCAACCGCAGCCGCAGCUAACCCUUCUGCUGCUCCUCCUGCUGGAGCCGAGACGGAGCGGCAAGUGCCAAGCGCUUCCAGAACGAAGCUGACCAGAAGCCGCACUUUCUCGAAGGACGACCGAGUCGAGAUCGUCAAGAGGGACUCCUCCCCCAGGGUGUUCAAACCAAAGUCACCGUCGCCAGCCCAGUCUCCAGACAGGAUGACGUCCAAGGCACCUCCAGCUCCAAAAGCUGCGCCGCCGCCUCCAUCGCCUCCAGCGGCUGCGCCGUCCGCCCCGCGAUCGCCGCCCAGUGCCGGGGACAAGCAGAAGGCGAUCAGGGGUGGACGCACCAAGACGCCGCCGAGGGCGACAACAUCGACACGGGCAUCCGCGGAGCGGUUGGCGUUGCAGGCACAACCGCGAGACGAUGACAAUGUCGACGAGGAAUACGAAAUUAAUGGCGCGUCAGUUGACGACGAUUUGCCGGUCGCUGUUGUUGCUAAUGGAUCCCUGCGUAGGGCAAGCAAACCGGCACUCACGAAAGAGAUAUCGGACAGGGACCCCGCAGCCAUACAGGGUACCACAGCCAACUCAAAGACAUCAAGAAGCAUUAUGGUUCAGACUACCGACAUUUAGAAGCUUUUCUGCGAUAUACAAUUGGGAUAGUGAUAACAGCGCGAAAUAACGCGGAGCCGUAAAAAACUGCUUCACGCUGGCCGACAUGUUUGCGAUCAUGUCGUUAGCUAUUACAAAUUACCGGCCCCCGUACUUACGGCCGCAUUCAUACGCGCGCUUCUUCGUGAAUACAUGACCACACCAGGUGCUGUUUUUUUAGCGUUAGCAGAAUUUUCAAAAGUCCUCUGUGGCAUAAAGCACGCAUCUGCUCAUUGAACAGGAUUGCUCUGAGAGGCGGAGGAGAAAUAUGAAUGCAUAAUUGACUCAUUAAAAAUUUGCUAAUCAACUUUUCAACCAAGUACUUUCACGGACGUAUUGCCAUUUACGAAUUGAAGCCACGCAUUUCACAAGACACAUCCACCCUAAAGAAAUUAUUCUAGCGCCAGUUUUGGCAUAAGCUCUGCCGAACUUGAGGUAAAGGUUCGCUGUCGUAUCACUUACUUUCCAGCAAGAAUCCUUUUUACGAAUCGAAACUGAAAAAUAACUAAAACACCAAUACAUUUCGUCACACACUUUCGGGACGCUUAUCUCUAACCUCUGCAAUCCUCAGAAUUUGUCCCAAGUGGAUGUGCCUUGCAAGUUCAUCAGCUACAAUUCGCAAGUCGUAAUACACGACGUAACGUGAUUCGUUUAGUAGUUCAUUAGCGUUAUUUUGAUAAUAAUCAAUCAAUUACGCACUUAGAUUUCUCAUACCACUAGAGUACGGCUUUCCCAGAGCUCAAGAAGUAGAAUUGUUCUACAUGCCAAUCGG